CAGAUAUUGACAACACAGAGAUGGGGGACGGUGUUCAGGUCCGGUCUGGCUAUGAGCGUCUGACCGCAGAGGAGAUGGAUGAACAGAGGAUUCAGAAUGUGGCUUAUCAAUACCUGUGCCGUCUGGAGGAGGCCAAGAGGUGGAUGGAGGCGUGUCUGAAGGAGGAGUUACCUGCUCCCACUGAGCUGGAGGAGGCGCUGAGGAACGGUGUUUAUCUGGCUAAACUCGGACACUGCUUCGCUCCUCGUGUGGUUCCGCUGAAGAAGAUUUACGAUCUGGACCAGCAGCGAUACAAGGCCUCUGGGCUUCAGUUCCGUCACACGGACAACAUCAACCACUGGAGGAGCGCCAUGAUGGAGGUCGGCCUGCCGACGAUCUUUCAUCCGGAGACGACGGAUGUGUACGACAAGAAGAACAUGCCCAGAGCCGUUUACUGCAUUCACGCGCUGAGUUUGUUCCUGUUUCGUUUGGGACUCGCCCCUCAGAUCCACGACCUCUGCGGGAAGGUCAAGUUCACAGAGGAGGAGAUCAAUAACAUGAAGCGGGAGCUGGAUAAAUACGGCAUUCAGAUGCCAGCGUUCAGUAAGAUCGGAGGAAUCCUGGCUAACGAGCUCUCUGUGGACGAGGCCGCAGUGCAUGCGGCUGUGAUCGCCAUCAACGAGGCGGUGGAUCGUGGCUGUGUGGAGGUCACAGGUCAAGCCCUGAGGAACCCCAGUGCUGCGCUGAACGGUCUGCAGGACUCACUCGUGCUCGUGUAUCAGGAGAUGCUGCGGCAGGCACGCCUUCAGAAAGCAGCGCGAGCGCGGACACACGCAAACGGAUCAGCAGAGAAAGACAUCUAUGAGGAGUACCUGACGCAGAGAGAAAUACAAGACUCCAUCAGCAGAGUCAACUCGCGGGCGGCGGUGGAGCGGGUGGACGAGGCGCUGGACUGCAGUGAUUCUCUGGCGCUCUUCAGUGCUCUGCAGAACUCCAGUCUGGCGCUCACAGGACUGAUCCGAGAUCACGCCGGCUGGUAUCUGGAGCAGCUGACCUCUGACCGAGAGCAGAAAGCCCUGGAUCUGGGCUGUGUGGAUCCGCUGGAGAGAGAUGAGCUGCAGGAGGGCGUCAGUGUGGCCAAUGAGGAGGCGCAGAGAGACCGAACCAUGCAGCAGGCAGUGUGUAAAAUAAACGAGGCCGUGCGGCGUGGAGAAGCUCGUCAGACGGUUCGAGCUCUAAUGAAUCCAGAUGCUCAUCUGCCAGACGUUUAUCCGUUUGCUGCAGAACUUUAUCAGAGAGAGCUGGCACCACUGCAGCGCCAGUGUCCACAGGGGGAGCUGCAGCAGGAGGAGUUGUUUGUUGCAGUGGAGAUGUUGUCUGCGGUGGCUCUGGUUAAUCAGGCCGUGGAGGUUCAAGACUUCGGUGCAUUCAGCGCUACACUGCUCAGUCCUGCAGCUGGACUCGCCGACAUCGAUGACAGUCUGAUGCAGAGGUAUUUCGAGCAGCUGUGUGAGCUGAAGAGGAGGGCAGGUAAAGCUCUUCUCAGCUGGAACGAUCUGCAGACGGGACUGAACGCCGUCAACUCGGCUGCUCACGAGGAACAUGAACAGAUUCUCACCAUCGGUCUGAUCAAUCAGGCUCUGAGCCGCAGCGACCCUCAGAAGACGCUCUCGGCGCUGAUGCUGCCCUCCAGCGGCCUGCAGGACAUCUUCCCGCUCAACGCCAGACGCUACCAUGAUGUGCUGACCCGAGCCAAACGACACAAGUCUGAGCUGAGCCGUGAUCCGGGAGCUGAGCUCUGGUUGGCUGACAUUCAGGAAGCUGUGAGACUGGCCAAUCAGGACACUCAGAAAGCACUGAAGAUGUGUCUGGGUCUGGCGGCGGUCAAUCAGGCUGUUAAAGAGGGCCGAGCGUCUCAGACGUUGCGUGUUCUGCGUCUGCCAGAGGUGGCGCUGCGGAGCGUGGUGUCCGGAUGUGCUGAUGGGUAUCAGACAGAGCUGACCGCCCUGCUCCGCGCCAAAACACUGGAGGGUGAUAACAGAAGCCCGUGGAUGAGGACGAAGCUGCCGGAGAGCAGCUCUUACUUCUUUCAUCUGCAGAAGCUGGAGGGCACCUGGGAAAGACCUCAAGGGUUCGUCCAGAACAGCACCUUCCUGACGCACGAGGAGAUACAGGCCGUGUGCAGUAGCGUGACUGCGGCUCACAGCAGAGGUGUGCAGUGGAAGACCAGUGAGCCGCUAGUGCUGCAGCUGCAGGCGCGCAUGCGAGGAUUCCUGCUGCGACAGAAGCUCGCCGAGCGCUUGCACUUCCUGAACACUCAGCUGCCUGCCGUCAUCACCAUCCAGUCUCACUGGAGGAGGUUCAUUCAGCAGAGAGAGUAUCACCGCAGACUGCAGCAUCUCUACCAGAACUGGAGAGCCGUCGUCAAGAUCCAGGCCACGGUGAAGAUGUGGCUCGCCCGCAGGAGAUACCUCGCCCGCCUCGCUUACUUCAGGAGACACGUUGGCGCUAUAAUCCGGAUCCAGGCGUUCUUCAGAGCCAGCAGGACCCGAGAGGAGUAUCACUUACUGGUUCACUCCAGCGCUCCGCCGCUCUCCGUCGUGCGUAAGUUCGCUCACCUGCUGGAGUUUGGUGACAGUGACAUCCGUCAGGAGGGAGAGCUGCAGCGUCUCAGAGAGGAGGUGGUGAGGUCCAUCCGGGCCAACAGACAGCUGGAGGCCGACCUGGACCUGAUGGACCUGAAGAUCGGCCUGCUGGUCCGCAACAGAGUCACGCUGCAGGAGGUGGUGUCUCACUGUAAGAAGCUCACUAAGAAGAAUAAGGAGCAGUUGAGUGACAUGAUGGCUCUGGACAAACACAAAGGCCUGAAAGCUCUUAGUAAAGAGAAGAGAGACAAACUGGAGGCCUAUCAGCACCUCUUUUACCUGCUGCAGACUCAGCCGCUGUAUCUGGCUCAGCUGAUCUUCCUGAUGCCUCAGAAUAAAAGCACCAGCUUCAUGGAGACGGUGAUCUUCACGCUCUUCAACUACGGCUCAGACUGCAGAGAGGCCUUCCUGCUGCUGCAGCUCUUCACCGCUGCGCUGCGCCACGAGAUCCAAGUGAAGGUGGACCGGCCGCAGGAAGUGGUCACAGGAAGUCCCACCGUCAUCAAGAUGCUGGUGAGUUUCUACCGUCACGCUCGCGGUCAGAACGCACUGAAGGACAUCCUGGGGCCCUCCAUCAGAGACGUGCUUCAGGACCGGAGCCUCAACAUCCGAACCGACCCCCUGGAGAUCUACAAGAGCUGGAUCAACCAGACCGAGAGCCAGACGGGACAGAAGAGGUACGGUUUGCGUUACACUGCUAAAGUUCUGAGAGAUGCCCUGCAGGAGAAGUUUCCUCAGGCCGGUGAAGACGAGCUGUACAAG